AUGAACGACUGCAGUGACGUUGCCACCAUGUUUAGUUCCAAGCACUCAGCGCGUAUUUUAUUGCAACAUCGUAGUAGUGUCAGUAGUGUUGAUGGUGACACGGAAGCGCGCUCGUUAUCUGAUGUUGAAAUUGAUAGAGACUUGUCUUGCAAAAAAGACAAGUCUCUAAUGCCUGGUGUAGCUUUAAAUCAACAUGUUAACGUAGUGACAACUAGUUUAAGCCUUGAAGAAGUAGAACGACAACUUGCAGAACUUGAUAAUGCUCGAGUCAUUACAAAGGAAGAGAUUAACGACAUGUUGGCAGAACAAUUAGAUGAAUUUGAAAGUAGUGAUUCCGACGACAGUAUUGAUUCUUCAUCGAGUGACGAGGGUGAGAAAGUGAUUAUGAAAGUAUUGAUCAUUGGUAAUGCACGUUGUGGAAAGACAAGCACGAUUCGACGGUUUACAGAGGACGAGUUUCAUGAGGAGUAUGUGAGUACAAUUGGAGCGGACUUUGUCGAGAAGAUCAUUCAGUAUGACGAUCAACUUAGUCUUAGCUUGCAACUUUGGGAUAUUGCUGGACAAGAUCGAUUUGCCAAGUUUACACGGGGAUAUUUCCGGGAAGCAAAAGGAGCUGUCAUUGUUUGUGAUAUCACUCGAGCGAAUACGCUCGAUGCGGUGGUGAAUUGGAAAAAAGAGAUUGACACGUGCUGUAAGGACUUGAACCAAGGCACGGAGAUACCUGUAGUGAUGAUUGCCAACAAGAGUGACUUGUUGAUUGAUCCCAUGGGUGCGUUGGAUCUUGGUGUGAGUAUGCAAAAGUGUGUGGACAAGAACAACAUUGUGGAGUGGUUCCGUGCGUCGGCAAAGAGUGGCGAGCACAUUGACGAUGCUUUUCGGUGUCUAAUAGACCGCAUGGUGGAAAACCAUCGCGCUGAGAAGGAAAAGGAAAAGGAAAAAGAGAAGGAGAAGGAAAAGAUUGACGAUGACACCGCGAAGAAAGAAGAAUCACCCGCACCCGAGAUUAUCCGGUUGUCCCGGAUGCCACAUCAGCACAGAGCUGUCAAGCAACAUGGCGUUGCCUGUGACUGCAACUAG